UAGCUGAUAUGUGUUGCACGCUCCUAUUAGCGAAUAUAACAAAUACUCUCUCCUAUAAGUAGUAAUAUAAAUGUUCAACUGAUAAACUGGCAAAUAUACGUUCCUGUUGUGUUUAGAUAAAAUAAAAAAAAAUAUAAAUACAAACUUGAAAAGUAGAAAAUAAUAAAAAAAAAAUUUUAAAUAUUAACUAUAUAUUGAAUUAAAAGAGUAUAGAACUAAACUAAGUAUGAAAUAUUGUGCUUGCAAUUAAUAUAAAAUAUUUUUUUUAUAACAAAUCUACACUAUAUUAACUUAGUGUUUUAGCAAUUAAGCAACUAAACAAUGAAAAACACCAACACCAACACUUAGUCAAAUACUCAUAAAUAAAUUUUAGUGUUUACACAUAUCUCCAAAACAGAAACACAUGCAUUUACAUAGCUGCAUACUUACCCGUUAUAAGCAACGUGAUUGAUGUGCGUAUGUGUGUCUAUAUUGUGUCGUGCAAUGCCGAUCAGCAUUUUUGGUAAUCGCUUAUCUGCCGCUCAUCAGCGUGUUAAUGCAACGAAAAAGACAACAACAAAGGCAGCUGAGUGGCUUGUGGUUCGCGCUGAGGAGAGUAAACGUAAAAAACGCGUGGAACGUCAACGUCAACAGCAGCGACAGCGACGCGGCGCCAAAGUGUUUCGCUGCGUCAGCGACUCAACGGGCCAUCUCACGCUGGCGCCGUCACGCCUCUUUGAAAAGACACCGAUGAGCCCGUCCGACAGCCUCGAUGAAAUCGCAUUGCAAAUACCAAGAGUUCGUGUGGAGUAUUACGUAAAUGAAAACACAUUCAAAGAAAGACUGCAACUUUACUUCAUUAAGAAUCAGAGAUCAAGCCUACGAAUACGAAUUGCCGACUUGUUUUUUAAGUUACUAGCAUGUGUUCUGUAUAUAUUACGUGUGAUAACGGAUACGAAUCCAACUUUUGCAACGUGUUAUGGCUGCUCAGUGAGCAAUAAAACUGAAUUUCUCGUUUCGGCCCAAUUAACUGAAGAGGAAUUUCAAGAGAAUCCCAUUAUAAAUUGGGAAGCCAUUCUAUGGGUAAAUCGGCCCACUGUUUUGUGGGCAGCGCAAUUAAUAUUAGCAUUAGUAUCUCUAACGGAGGCCGUACUACUAACAUAUCUAGGCUAUAAGGGAAAUAUCUGGCAACAGAUUCUUUCAUUUCAUUUCAUUCUAGAAUUAAUUACGACAAUACCAUUUGCAUUAACGAUACUAUGGUCGCCUUUACGAAACUUAUUUAUACCCAUAUUCCUGAACUGCUGGCUGGCGAAGCGAUCGUUGGAGAACAUGUUCAACGAUCUGCAUCGCGCCAUGCAAAAAUCACAAUCUGCGCUCUCACAACAACUCACCAUACUCUCAGCUACGCUACUAUGUCUGGUGUUCACAAGUGUCUGUGGCAUACAACAUUUUCAACGCGCCGGUCAUCGUCAUUUGAAUUUGUUUCAGAGCACGUAUUAUGUGGUUGUGACAUUCUCAACAGUCGGUUAUGGCGAUUUCGUGCCCGAUAUUUGGCCUUCACAGCUUUAUAUGGUGAUUAUGAUUUGUGUAGCACUUAUAGUGCUGCCAACGCAGUUCGAGCAAUUGGCCUUCACAUGGAUGGAACGCCAGAAGCUGGGCGGUAGCUACUCUUCGCAUCGUGCGCAAAGUGAAAAACAUGUCGUCGUCUGUUCCACCACACUGCACGCGGACACAAUCAUGGACUUCCUCAAUGAGUUUUAUGCACAUCCCCUGCUGCAGGACUACUAUGUGGUGCUGUUGAGUCCGAUGGAGUUGGACACUACGAUGCGUAUGAUAUUGCAGGUGCCGAUUUGGGCGCAACGUGUCAUUUACAUUCAGGGCUCCUGUUUAAAGGAUGGCGAUUUGGCACGUGCGCGCAUGAAUGAGGCUGAGGCUUGUUUCAUACUUGCCGCCCGUAAUUAUGCCGAUAAGACUGCAGCCGACGAGCAUACGAUAUUACGUUCGUGGGCGGUUAAGGAUUUUGCGCCGAGCGUGCCGCAAUAUGUGCAGAUAUUUCGACCGGAGCACAAACUACACGUGAAAUUCGCUGAGCAUGUCGUCUGCGAGGAUGAAUUCAAAUAUGCGCUCUUAGCCAACAAUUGCACUUGUCCCGGUGCGAGUACGUUGGUCACAUUGUUGUUGCACACAUCACGAGGACAGGAAGGUCAGCAGUCACCGGAGGAAUGGCAUCGCCUGUACGGCAAGUGUUCCGGGAACGAGAUCUAUCACAUUGUACUCGGCGAUAGUCGUUUCUUUGGCGAGUAUGAGGGCAAAAGUUUCACCUACGCCAGUUUUCAUUCGCAUCGAAAAUAUGGCGUUGCUUUGGUUGGUGUACGUCCAGCCGAAUUGCCGGAAUUCUAUGAGGACACCAUACUGCUGAAUCCCGGUCCGCGACAUAUCAUGAAGAAGGAUGACACGUGCUAUUACAUGAGCAUAACAAAGGAGGAGAAUUCAGCGUUUGUUGUCAAUCAAAAUCAAAAUCAAAAUUUGGAUACACAAGCGGCGACCAAGGACGGUGUUAGCACAACAACAAUAAAUAACAACAAUACAACCAUCAUCACCACCACCACCACGAAUAGCACCAUUUUGAAUAUGAAUCAGAUAACAUCUACAACAACAACAACAACCACACCGGUGGCCACCAUUAGUACAACAACAACAUCAACAUCAAUCAAUCGCACGGCACCGGUGCCAUCCGUUUGUGUACGUGUACCGCACAGUCCCAGUCUGGAUUCCGGACGUGGUGGUGGUUACAGCGGCUUAGGUAUAGUGGGUGGAGGCGGUACACCCUUGACAGAAAGGCAACCGUCAUCAUAUAGUGAUAAUGAUUUUACGACACUAUUCGUGCCAACUGAUAAUCUAACGUCUGUGAUAAUCUCAGAUUCAAAGCAGAAUCUCAAGGAUACAACGGUGACAUCGAUGAAUCCAACGCAAACACCAUCAGCCACAACAACAACCACUGUGACCACAACAUUACCACCAAUGUUGGGUGGUGGAUGUGGUGGUGGCAAUGGCAUGGGUUAUAGCGGCAGCGGCGGCGGUGGCGGUGGCAGUAGCAGUGGUGGCGGUGGCGGUGGUCUUAGCGUUGCAACUGCUACACUAACAACUAGCAAUCACUUGGAUGUACCACAAGCGGGGAAUCCAAAUCUACUCAGUCCCGAUGUGCUCAAUCAGCGAAGAGGAAGUCGCCGACCAUCCAUUCUGCCUGUACCGGAUAUGUUUACCUCAUCAUCGUUCAGCAUAUCGGGCAAUGACGACGGCGAAGAGGGCGAUGAGAGUGAGGAUGAAAUUGAUGAUGAUGUACCGUGGCGUUCGCCGUCCGAGAAGAUUGCCAUCGUUAAGGGUUUCCCGCCCGUCUCGCCGUUCAUCGGUGUCAGUCCGACGCUCUGUUAUUUGCUCAAGGAGAAGAAGCCAUUGUGUUGUCUGCAAUUGGCACAGGUUUGCGAGCACUGCAGCUAUCGCAAUGCCAAGGAGUAUCAAUGGCAGAACAAGACUAUUAUCCUGGCAGCCGAUUAUGCAUCGAAUGGCAUUUAUAACUUCAUCAUACCGUUACGUGCGCAUUUUCGUUCGAAAACGUCAUUGAAUCCAAUUAUAUUGUUGUUGGAACGUCGACCGGAUGUGGCCUUUUUGGAUGCACUCUCCUAUUUUCCAUUGGUUUAUUGGAUGCUAGGUUCAAUCGAUUGCUUGGAUGACCUGUUACGAGCAGGCAUUACGUUGGCCGAAAGUGUUGUAGUGGUGAACAAAGAACUAUCAAAUUCAGCAGAGGAGGACUCGCUAGCCGAUUGUAACACCAUCGUCGCAGUGCAGACAAUGUUCAAAUUCUUUCCAAGCAUCAAAAGCAUAACCGAGCUAUCGCAGAGCUCUAAUAUGCGCUUCAUGCAAUUUCGCGCACACGACAAAUAUGCACUACACCUAAGUAAAAUGGAGAAGCGCGAAAAAGAGCGUGGCUCGCACAUUUCCUAUAUGUUUCGUCUACCCUUCGCUGCCGGCGCCGUCUUCAGCGCCUCGAUGUUGGAUACGCUGCUCUAUCAGGCUUUUGUCAAGGAUUAUGUAAUAACGUUCGUGCGCUUGUUGCUGGGCAUCGAUCAGGCACCGGGCAGUGGUUUUCUCACAUCGAUGCGCAUCACCAAGGACGACAUGUGGAUACGCACCUAUGGCCGCUUAUAUCAGAAACUCUGUUCAACCACUUGUGAAAUACCGAUUGGCAUUUAUCGUACUCAGGAUACAUCGAAUACGGAAGCAUCACAUGUGAGUAAUUCACCAGUAGAGAAGUGGGGACCGUUUUCCGCUUUCGGAAAGCACUGUGUGCGCUUGCGACCAUCGUAUGACGAAGAAGCGGGUACACCCGAUUCGACGAAGGACAGCAGUGAAGUCCUUCGCGGCGUUACCUACCGACCGCCAUCGGCAUCGGGUCAUCAUCAUCCAAGCCAUCCAUCACAACACAAAUCCACCACCUGUCUGGGUGGCUGCUCGGAACGGAAAGGGUCAUCAUAUUCGAUCAAUUUGGCCGACGAGGCGCGCAAUAAUCAUGCGCAACAAAUCGAACGUGCGGAAAUAGCGAAUCUCGUGCGCAGUCGUAUGGAGUCGUUGAAUUUGCCGACAAUCGAUUAUGACGAUGUUAGCGAGAAGCGUAAUCAUCUAUCAUAUGUGAUAAUCAAUCCGAGCUGUGAUCUUAAGUUGGAGGAGGGCGAUGUUAUCUACUUGGUGCGUCCAUCACCAUUCUCAGCACAAAAGACAUUUGAGCGACACAAUUCACGACGCAAAUCAAACAUAUCCUUUUGUUCGAAUAUCAAUUUGGGUGCCGCGUGCGGUCCAAAUGUGAGUGCUGCAGCUGCUGGUGCCGGUUCGCGUCGUGGUUCCGGCAUAGCCGGCCUCAAUCCGAUGCAAAUGCAAAGCGUACAAACGUUGGCCGGGUAUGGUUCGCCACGCUGCUCGCCGCCCAUACAACAAAUUAAAUCCAAUUCUCUUUCUCUACCCGACAGUCCGACGGUUGUUGGCACACAGCGCGGCCGGAGCAAUUCAUUGCGGAUCGACAAUGAUAUUUUGCUACGGCGCUCCUCAUCUCUACGGCAAGGCUUGCCCAAUGUGGGUGUUAGUCAUGGCCGGCGGAAAUCUUCACUGGAAGAGAUCGGCAUUAGUCACUUCACGACGCUAAUGCAAGCAACGAAUCACACGAACCCCAUUAAGAUUGCGCUAAACGGCAGUAUAGGCUUAGAGGUCACGCCACCCGAAGAACCAACACCCAUACUCGGUGUACCCUGCAUCGUUGCCGGUGGUCCUGGCGGUGGCAUAAAUCCCUCAGCCCUCGGCGGCUCCACACUGGGCGGUGGUUCAUCGCUCGCCAUCAACACCGCCGAUCUUGGUAAUUCACCCACAACGAGUAACAACAAUUCACCGCUACAAGUGCCACAACAGGAUUCCCAACAAUCCGGUCAAAUGCAAUCACCGCAACAUUUGCAGGGGACAAUUGUAUGAUACAACCUUAUGUGGGGUCGUAGACUCCGCUCAUCGAUAUCGAAGAAAAAUAAAUGGAUAUAAUAUAAGUAGAAAUCGGAGCGGUGCUAAGGCGUUCAAACCGAAGCGGAACGUCGUCACGUUGCAGGCGUUGAAGCAAGUGAGAAUCGGAAAUCGUCGAUUGUCGUCUAUGUAGCGGAGUCAAAAUCAAGUACGAGUAGUUGGAGUACAACACGCAACAAAUCACAGAAAAAACAUACAUAAAUAUUGUACAUGAAAAAAGUUAACUUCGGCGGAGGUAUACAAAAAGUUGUUAAGCACAAAAAGUAAACGUAGAAUCGUAAAUUAAAAAGAUCGCAAAGAAUGUUCGUGGCGAGUAGCAGUGCGACGUCGCCAGCUGAUUCAAGCGACUAGGUAAUCGUAUCUGAACCCGUACAUAAGCAACGAUUUCAUACACAAGAAGUUGUAGAAAUGUAAAUUAGUAGCAAAUAGUUUCAACAUGGUAUCUGAGUUAUCAUGAACUGUACAUAGAGUGACUAGUUUAAUUGUAGUAUCAAACAGUCUAAAGUCUUAAAAUAUUAUUUGAAAAUAAUAUUCCCUGAGAAAAUGCAUUGUGAAUGUACAAUAUUAUAAUGUUUCCUUAAGUUUAUAGAUAUGUAGAGAUUUAUUAAGAUCUACAAUAACCAAAUUCACUUAUUCGAAAGUAAUUCCCUGAAAUCGUUUCUCUUUAUAAUAUAAUUUUUUGACAAAUAAUCAAAAACAAAAUAUGGUUAAAGAGACAUUUUAAAUAAAAAUAUAAUUGUGAAUAUUUAUACUUGAUUUUUAUAUUAAUUUUGAUACGCUCACUGCGGUACAUUUUCGAGCCUGAGAAAAUAAUUAUUAUUUGGUAUUUUACGUUUUUUUUUCUCGUCGAAUUCGAAAAUUUAUAACAGUUUCUGAAAGAAAUUGUUAACGCUUUCUCGUGCACAUUUUUCAUAUUAUUGGGAGUAGCUCUUCCUAAACCUUUCAUUCAAAACUUCCACUUGAGACGAGUGGCUUUCAGUGAAUCAAUACUUGACCAACAUUUACGAGACGUGUAAAUUUAUCACCAUAAUAAUUGUUCGGUUGGCAUCCAAUAUUCGGACGAUAUAAUCGCCCAGCAGAGUCGGCGAUUCAAGCAAUCGUCUAUUGGUUAUGCACCACGCUUAUUCUAGUGGAUAAAGCGCGUGCUUUGAGGCGUCGUACGUUGCGUACCGACGACGUUAUUGCUUCUCUAGAGCAGAGUGUCGAAGAAUACCCGAAUGAGCUCAUCCGCAAUAGCGCACAACAAUUGAAGCUGUACGCAUUCACUUUACGGAUGAUUUUUCUGAAGGAAAUUAACUUACGGACUUACAAAACCCAAACCGCGCAAUAAUUGAAGCCGAACAACCACCAACCGCGAUGCAUGUUCGUUGCUCUAGGGGCAGAGGGAAUCAUUGCAUCAUAUUUCUUCAGAAAUGAAGCUGGUUAUAAUGUUACAGUCAAUGAGGAACGCUAUAAAGCCAUGAUUAGUGAGUUUUUCGUGUCUGAAUUGGAGGACGUUGAUGUGGACGACCUUUGAUUCCAUCAAGACGGCGCUACAUGACAGACGGCCAACAAUACAAUCAAUUUUUCACGAAAACUUUGGUGCAUUAUUAUGCUCCUAGGGAGUGUGGCGUGGCCUCCAAGAUCAACUGUUGUUAAAUCAUUCAAAUUUUCAACUGUUUUUAAAUCACAAAUUUUUUGUAGAGUCGCUUUGCCAUAGAGGAGAAUAUUCGGAGUUAAUCCAAAUGCAUGGAAUUGAGGCGUUGCGAAGUUCGCCGGGUCCUUUAGUUAAUUUACGAAAAUAGGAUUUCUUCUUAAAACGGCAUCUGAUCAUAUAGUAACUACUUUGAACUGAGUAGGUAGUUGAAAAGUUGAGUCCUGUCUCGACGAAUAAAGACCAAACUCUACAAACGGCUCAGCAUUCUCGUCUUGGCACAUGUUGUAGAGGCCUGAAAGAUGAUAGCAUCAUAUGAGCAAGCAUUAGAAGUUCUCGGUCGUAAAGUUGUGUGGAGGAUUUAUGGUCAUUUGCGGUUUUCGUGGUGAAUCGCUUUAGUCAGUUCAUACAAGCAACUCCCUCUCUGGGCGGUGUCACGCUCUGCUAUAACUUCGGAAUUUCUCUCUUUAUGUUUUGCGCUUCUAAGAACGCUUAGGAACUAAAUAUCUACCACUUCAAGACAGUUCACACUCUCUUACGUUAACACUUUUUCAUCGAUUGCGUUUCGAUAUUAUUUAAAAAAUUUAUCUCAAGCGUGAUAUGAGGAUUUGAGAAACCUAUAGAAGGUAAUAAGUUCAUUUUUGCUUCGCUUAUCUAAAACACAGGACUCAGUGACUCCGGUCAGCGCUGUUCAAUAGUAGUUAAAGCAAAACUCGGAAAACUCUGUAGACGGUCUUUGGAAUGAACCUCUAAAAUCCAUAACCCAAAUUCACCAGCUGAUUCACGGUGAUUUUUUUUAUGAUUUAUAGAUGCAUUCUUAAUGGUUUUUCCAUAGCAAUAUUUGUAUUUUGCUGUUGGGAGUGACAUUAUUUUUUCUCGUUUUUUUAAACACUAUUGAUUCAAUCUACUUCAGCUUAGUUGGACUGGCUCAGCGAGGCGAGGGGAAGAUGAUGAAAUCUAAAACUCUCGAAAUCACAUUGUUUAACGAUGAUAAAUAUUUUUUUCAUAAUUGCAACGUCUUCAAUUGUAAAUAAGAUUAUAUAAAUCUUCGAUUUCCAAUAUAUACUAAGCUUACUUUCCGUAUUAUCUACGUUGCUUUACUAGAAAAUUAAUGUUUUUAAGGUGAUUUUUUGGAAAAAUAAAUAUUUUCCAACACCUGCUGCCCUUCAGUAACCCACUAUUAAAUAAAAAAAAGGUUAGGGAUGCCGCUAUCGUGCAAUAUUUUUUUUGUGCCUGGGCACUGGUUGUCAGAACGUUACGAAUGAAAUGAAAGAAACUGGAAGAUUCGUAUGUGUGCUUGGCUGCUGGAAUCGAGAACGAAGUGUUAUACAGAAAUACCAUAUUUUUGAAGAGCUUGUAUGAUUCUUAAAAACUCAAUACUAUACAAGGGAACUCAUUAUUAUAAAGACAGUAAUUUCUAACGUUGUUUUUUUAAUUUUUUUGAAGAUAUCUAAAAGAUUUGUAAAUAGUAUUUUGUUGGUAAAAAUGUAAAGUUAUAAAUAAUAUCAUUACGAAUAACCAUAAACUCAAUUGUACAAAGAAAUGGUGAACAUAAAAUAGCCAAAGCACAAAAUAAAAUUAAAUGUAAUUAAUAGUCGAUAGUUUGAACACUAAAAAAAAAGUUAUAACUGUAAAUAUAAAACAAAAUAUCGGUGACUUUUAGGCACAUAAUGUUUAUUCAAACCUUUUCUUUUUACUUUAUAUUUUUAAUGAAGAAUUCGUUUUAAUCCUGAUACCGCUCACAGAUAAAAUGAUCCUUCAGCGCCAAAAUCCAUGCAGCGAGGAAUUAAAAAUCCCCCAAGUGUAAAAAUAAAAUGUUAAUUUUUAC